CGUCGAUUGCUGAUAAAAGGGAGAAUAUUCAAAAGUGAAUAUACAGAUUUUCCAAAUCUGUUCAGUAUACUCGUCAUAAAAGACUAGCCGGAGAUCUUCAGAUUGGAAAGCCUAAUCCAAGCAAGUAAUCAUGGUAGACAUCCAGAAGCAAGUUUUGCAUCAGCAUGCUUCAUCUAAUACAGUGUAUCACUGUCUGUAUGGAUAUUACUUUCUUGGAUUUAGUAAAAAUACACUUGCGAAAAUAUAUGCGAAACAUCGAACAACCGUCUCAAACUGGAUAAAAAUUUACGAAGAGAACAAAAUUUUCAAGCGCAAAGAUAGGGAACAGGUAUAUCUCAAGUUCAACUCCGACCAGAGAAGGUGGCUAGUCGAUCUUUACAAGGACUGUCCCAUUCUUUACCUUGACGAGACCAAGUCACAAUUUGAGCGAAGAUUUCACAAAACAAUAAGCACAGCUUCUAUAUGCCGAAUCCUUCAUGAAGAAGGACUCUCCUGGAAAGUAUUAGAACGCCGGGCAAUUCAAAUACGAAUGCUGGACAUCUACAGGUUUGCCUCGGAUAUGUCUCUUGUCACCUGGGAUAUUCAUUCACUGGUAUUUCUCGACGAAGCAUCAUGCGAUAACCGAAGCAUGCUCAGAAAUAAAGGGUAUGCUCCAGUUGGUCAAAAAAUCAUAUACAGAGGAGAAUUUGUACGUCGGCCUCGCUGUUCCCUGCUCAGUUUCAUAGGGUACAACGGAGUACUCGAUACCUAUUCCACCGAAGGCACGUUUACCAGAGAAAAAUUUUUCAACUGCGUUCGUUCUUUCGCUACUUCCCGUCUAGUACAGCGAAACCCUGGAGCAUACUCUGUAAGGAUUCUCGAUGGAGCGAGAAUCCAUUGUCAUAAAUCGAUAAUCGAAUACUUGCGAUCAUUGGGUAUUGUAGUAGUUUUUCUUCCUGCUUAUGCCCCAUUUUUCAACCCAAUUGAAUUUCUCUUUGGGUAUCUCAAAAAGUACUUGAAACGGGUCUACGUAGAAAAUAGUUCCAAAAAUCUCACAGUUGUCAUCGCUGAGGCUUUCCGACGCUUCAAAAACUACGAUUUCACAAGAGUGUUCGCAAAAUGUGGUUAUCUUUCUGGGGGGCAAUUCGAUCCCAGUCGAGGUUUGGGACUAGAUAUUAAGAAGUUCGGAUUUGAAACUUGA